AGAAUAUAAUUUAUCAUCCUCAUUCAUUGAAAUAGUAUAAAAUAAUAUUAUUUUACUCGGUUGUAGUUUGAUUCGAAUUUAACAAUUUUGAUCAUAAAACUAACACCAAAUCAAACCCACCAUUCCCAUUCAUCGUGGCCUUGGGGAGUAUCUGGUUCGAUAAUUUUUAUCCCAACAAGAGAGAGAGAGAGAGAGAGAUUGAACUUGGCUGGAAGGUUCGCGGAAAGAUCAGACGAGGCAAAUGAUCUUUGCAAGUUAAAACAGCGGAUGCAGGGAAGUUUCUUCCUGCGUAUAUAAAAGAAAAAUAAGCUCAGCUUAGUCACUCAGAACUCUGGAGUUUCUUCUUUCCCUCUUGAAGCUCUACGAUGAUGAUGUUCAGUCGAAAGAGGAGCAAUUCGAAUUUUGGGGAUUUGGGUUCUUGGGACCCUUGAAAAUCCAAGACUUUAAAGAGGCAGUAGAGAAGGAAAGAAGAUGGAAUUCUGGGGAGGACUUUUUCUGGGGCCAGUAGCUCAAGAAUUAUUGAAUUUGAUUUUAGAAAUCAAAGAUAGGGUCUUUCAUUUCAAAGAUUAUCUGGAAACUCUCCAAUCCACUGUCGAACUCAUUAUUCCAGUGAUCGAAGAAGGUGAUCUUCAAAAUGCAACAGAUCAUCAUCGUCCAAGAACCCAUAUGGAGAAAUUAAAGGUAGAGUUGGAGAAAGGGAAAGAGCUUCUGUCAAAUUGUUCGGAUAUCCCAUUCUGGAAUUUUUUCAACAGGUAUAGAUACAAGCAACGAAUCGAGGAACUGAAUAUAAAUUUGCGUGAGUGUUUCCAGAUGGUUCUCAAUCAAGAGAUCCUUGUUGAGCUCAGAGAAGGAAGAAAGGUGAGUUUGAGAUCAGAGCUUUCAUGUGCUGCUUCUGUCCCGGAUAGGACCUUUGGAUUGGAUUUGCCUCUGAUGGAACUGAAGAUGCUAUUGUUUAGAGAGAAUGUUAGGGUUCUUGGGCUGUGUGGUCCUCCGGGUUGUGGGAAGACAACUUUAGCUUCCCUGCUUUGCAUGGAUAAAGAUGUGAUAGACAGUUUCAACAACAUAUUCUUUCUUAGAGUUUCAAGCACACCUAACUUGAAGGAGAUGGUAGAGAGAUUGUUUCAACAGAUGACAUUGAAUCGAACACCUACAUUCAUAGAUGAUGAAGAUGCAGUAAUGCAGCUUGGAAGUUUGCUGGAGAGGGAACCAAAUACCACCUUGUUAGCUCUAGAUGAUGUUUGGGAUGACUCACUUGUUCAGAAAUUUCUCUUCAGGAUAGAAAAAUAUAAAAUCAUUGUUACUUCAAGAGCUGAAUUCCCAACGUUUGAUGAUACAUAUUCUUUGAAAAUGCUUACUGAACCAGAUGCCAUGGCACUCUUUCGUCACUCAGCAUUAUUAUCUCCUCAGAAUGGGAAUGGGAACUAUGAGGAGCCUGAUUGUGAUCUUCUAAAUAAGAUAGUAGAUGGUUGCAAGGGACUACCACUUGCUCUUUCUGUGAUUGGACACUCAUUGUGUAGGCAACCUCCCUGGGUGUGGCAAAACACUGAGAGGAAACUGUCAAGUUGCUCCAUUUUUGAUCCCCACAGCAUUUUGCUGAAUAGACUUGGAACAAGCAUAGAUGUAUUGGAGAAGAAGGUUCAAGAAUGUUUUAUGGACUUGAGUUCCUUUCCUGAAGGCCAGAGGAUCCCUGCGUCAUCUCUGAUAGAUAUUUGGGUUGAACUCCAUGGAAUUGAUAAAGUUGAUGCUUAUGUCAUCCUCCUUGAACUUUCCACUAAAAAUCUUGUUAAUCUCAUUGAAAUCUCAAGAGAAGAUGCAGGGGAGAUUGAUGGUAACAUGAAUAAGCUAUUUGUUACCCAGCAUGAUCUGCUCAGAGAUUUAGCUAUCUACCGAAGCCGGCUGCAGGGUACAAGGUUAAUCGUGGAAAGAAAAGAAGACAGCCUACUUAAGAGAAAGAGGGAACAAGAGUAUAAAGCAUGCCUCGUCUCUAUCCACACAGGUGAAAAGUUCUUGUCAAACUGGUGCAACAUGCAUCUUCCUGAAACUGAGGUUUUAAUCCUGGAUUUCUUUGCCACCAAGUACAAUUUACCCCCAUUCAUGGAGAAAAUGGAGAAGCUGAAGGUUCUGAUUAUAGUAAAUCGUGGGCACUACUAUUCCCAAUUGAAUUUUUUGACAACACCUAGCUAUUUCUCCCAUUUAAAGAGAGUGAGGUUGGAAAAGGUUUUGAUCCCUUCCCUCACUGAAAUCGCAAUGCCAUUGAAGAACUUAAAGAAGAUAUCUUUGUUUAUGUGUCAAUUUGGCCAAGCGUUGAAUUGGGAGUUUAACUUUCCUUGCAUGUUUCCAAAUCUUGUUGAGAUUGAUAUCGACUAUUGCAAUGAUCUUGAGGAAUUGCCUCAAGGGAUUUGCAAUCUUGUCCAGUUACAGACUCUCAGCAUAUCUAACUGUCAUGAAUUAUCUGCAAUACCUGAGAGAAUUGGAUGUUUGAGAGAUUUAGAAGUGCUAAGGCUGCAUGCUUGUUCAAAAUUGUCUGAGCUACCUGACUCUUUAAGAGAACUCCAGGAGUUACGGUUUCUUGAUAUAUCUGAAUGUAUCACUAUGGAGCUGCCUGAAUGGAUUAGUGAUCUCCAUAGUCUGAGAAAACUUAACAUGGGAGGGUGCUCAGAGCCGAGCGAAUUGCCUCGUUCGGCCAUUGACCUUGUGAAUCUAAAGAAUGUGAUCUGUGAUGAAGGGACUGCCAAUCUUUGGAAACGUCUCAAAUGUCAUUUACCUGAGCUGAACAUUACAGUGACUAAACGCGACCACAACUUAUUCUGGCUUGGUGAUCACUAGAGCAACAAACUAUGUUCUUCGGGUUAUGACAACUUCAGUACAUACCUUUACACUUUCUUUUCCAUAGGGAUGUGAAAAUCAUUACUGUUUUUUAUUACUCUUUAGAUGCUCUUGAAGAGUUCAAUUGGUAAGAUAAUUAGCAGGUCUAUUGCGGGUAGAGAUGCCUGGUUCCUACAUUCUUAUAAUGUUUGAGCAGCCAAUAUAACCUGAUAAUAUGUAAAUAAAAAAAAAAAAAAAAAUUUGGUGAAUUGGAUUGGGAAUCUGCUGGAUCAAUCCCCAUUUGUUUGGUUCUGUAUUGGAAUGGUCACACAAAUUGGCUGGGUUACUUUUCAGAUCCAAUGGCCAAUUUUAGGGUUCUUGGGACUGAUUCUGGCUUAUUCCAAUCUGAUCUAAUUGGAAUCGGCGAGGACCAAUUCAGUCACCGAUUCCUG